AGCUCUGACACGGUUUGGCCACCUCUUCGCCAUGGGCAGCUGUUCAGAUGCGGCGGGACAGGCUUUUCACGCGGAGGCUGGCGGCUUGUGCGGCCGUCUCGCUGCUGCGUGGCGAUGCGGGCCUGGUCUUGCACGGCGGUCCCGUCUCAGAGGCAUGCGGGCACGCCCGGGCCUGUCGCAGAGCAGUGCUGCGGAGUGCAGAGGCGCCGCGAAACCGCGCGGGGCCCGCGCCGCGUUUCCGCGCGGUGCCGCUGACGCGCUUCGGCUUCGCCUGCCGCGUGGAGGGAAGCUCCGGAGCCCUCGCCCUUGGCAGUUUCCACGGCGGCGAGUUGGCGCAGCUGGCGGAACUCUUCGAAGAGUAUUCCGUUCUCGUCUUCAAGUCUGCCGCGCCCAGUGAAGACGAGCUCAUCGCUUUCGCAGGCGGCUUCGCCGCAUGCUUCCCGGGCGCAGCGCUGGAAGCCUCCGAAACCCCUGCCGGGGGCCGCGGCGCGAGCGGGCGUCUGGUGGGUAGGAUCGCAAAUUUCGACAUCGCCACAGGCGAGAUCCUGCCCGCCGGCAGCAAGCUGCUGAAGCUGAGAUCGGGCAACGGCCUGUGGCACAUCGACUCCUCCUUCAAGGUCCUGCCAGCGCUGGCAUCCCUGAUGUGCGGCGUGGUGGUACCGGAGCCAGGAGAUGGCGGGGAGACCGAGUUCGCCUCCUCUCGGGCAGCCUUAGCUGCGUUGCCGGACGACCUGGAACCAGCAGAGCUUAGUCGCCUGAUUUG